AUGCAUAACCCCACAUCUCUGCUGGUCACUUUGACAGCAGCCCUGGCGGCUCUGCCCGAAGCUCAGGCUGCCAUUUACACCAAGAACUCUCCUGUUCUUCAGUUGAAUGCCCGCAACUAUGAUAAGAUCAUUGCAAAGUCCAACUACACCUCUUUCUACGCUCCUUGGUGUGGUCACUGUCAGAACCUGAAGCCUGCUUACGAGAAAGCUGCUAAGAACCUCGAUGGUCUCGCUCAGGUUGCUGCCAUUGACUGUGACGAUGACGCCAACAAGCAGCUUUGCGGUUCCAUGGGUGUCCAGGGCUUUCCCACUCUCAAGAUUGUCCGCCCUGGCAAGAAGUCUGGUAAGCCCGUCGUAGAGGAUUACCAGGGCCAGCGAACUGCCGGUGCUAUCCAGGAGGCUGUUAUGAGCAAGAUCAACAACCACGUUACUCGUGUGAGUGAUAAGGAUCUUGACUCUUUCCUUGCAGGUGACAAGCCCAAGGCUAUUCUGUUUACUCAAAAGGGAACUACCAGUGCGCUCAUUCGAAGCAUUGCCAUUGACUUCCUCGAUGUAAUCUCUGUGGGCCAGAUCCGUGAUAAGGAAGCGGGUGCUGUCAAGAAGUUCGGCGUCGAGAAGUUCCCUGCUCUUGUCCUUAUCCCCGGUGAGGGCAAGGAUCAUAUUGUCUACGAUGGUGAGAUGGCCAAGAAGGACAUGGUCAAGUUCCUCACCCAAGCCGGACAACCUAACCCUAUCCACGCUUCUGGCAAUACCAAGAGCACCAAGGGCAAGAAGGAUGACACCAAGAACACCAAGACGAAGAAGGACGACACCAAGAGCGCUAAAAAGAACAAGUCCACCGAAGCCGCCAAGGAACCUGCCGCCGAAUCAAAGGAACCCGCUGCUGAGCCUAUCCCCUCCAUUGUUCCUAUCUCUACUAUCAAGAGCUUGGAGAAGCUCACCGAGGAGUGUCUUGCUCCCAAGUCCCACACCUGUGUCCUUCUCUUCACUCCUGGUGAAGCUGGCGAGAAGGCUGUAGAGUCGCUCUCCCACCUUAACACCAAGUACGUCCACGGAGGCCGCAACACUAUCCCUUUCAUCUCCAUCCCCAGCGACAGCGACGCCGCCUCCACUCUCCCCAAGGCCCUUGGACUCAACGACAAGGUCAACCUGAUUGCUAUCAACACCCGCCGCAACUGGUGGCGCCAGUACUCAGGCGACUUUAGCCUUUCAAGCGUUGAGAGCUGGAUUGAUGCCAUUCGCAUGGGCGAGGGUGCCAAGAAGAAGCUCCCCGAAGGCGUUGUCGUUGAGAAGAAGGCCGGGUCCACCAAGGCCACCGACCCCGAACCCGAGAUCGAGACUGAUGGUCCCGACGAUGUCAAGACCGUUAUCGAGACUGAGAUUGAGACCGAGUACGAGACUGUCACCGGCGCUGAUGGAGAGGAGACCCGAACCGUCGUCGAGACUGAAGUUGAGUACGAGACUCAAACUGAGACUGAGCACGCUGAAGAGACUGCCGAGCCUGAGGCCCAGCCUGUCGCUGAGUCCGAAGCCGAGCCCAAGACCAAGGACCAGAUCAAGCACGAGGAGCUGUAA